AUGGAAUAUGAUUACAAAUUGCCAAAAGUAGUGAUAGAUAAUGGCAGUGGUUUUAUUAAAGCAGGUAUUGUGGGUAAAAAUCGAAAUCCCAUAAUCCUCCCCAAUUGCAUUGGACAACAGCGUAAACGUGGUUUCGUAUACGUAGCCGAUAACUGUUAUACAUGCAGUGAAUACUUUUGUUUGAGGCCACAACAAUCUGGUAUUGUUGUGGAUCCAUUGCGGCAAUUGUUGAUUUGGGAGAAGGUAAUAGGGAAAAAUUCAAAUUCUUUGUCAAUAUCUCCAGAAAAAAUAGGUUUGAUAGUUACCGGACCAUUGCUAACACCUCAAGCUUCACUUCGUGCCCUUUCUGAAAUCAUUUUUGAAGAUCUAUGUAUACCUAUUGCCGCGUUUAUCCCAGCCCAAACUGCGAGUCAAUGGAGUCAAUACUCCAAAGUCUUAAAGACGGAGUGCUUUUGCCCAGGCUACAAAUCAUUCGACCUAAACCACGGCUAUACGUUGCUAGUAGAUAUAGGCUUCUCAUCUAUCCACUCCAUCCCCUACAAAGAUGGUAUUCCAAUCCUCAAAGGGGCACUUCGCAGUAAUAUAGGCGGGAGCCAUCUCAACGCCUAUCUUAAAAACGUAAUGUCUCUCAGGUCUCUGGAUCUGAAUUUUAACGAACUCCUUGUUCAACACAUAAGAGAAGAGUCUUGUUAUGUAUCCCCAAACAUAGAUGAAGAGUGUAAGCUAUCGUCUAAAUUGAAGAGUAGGAGAUUGGCCUAUGAAUAUAUAAUACCGGAAUACGUUAAAAAUAAAACCCAAAUGUCAAAUUUUUUUCAAACCUAUCGCAGCAAUCCCAAAUCGUUGCUAGAGCACGAUUUGAAUUAUUUAUCGCAGCCACCAGUCGCCGAAACUGGCGUUCACGGCGUCGAUGAUAUGCUAAUUGAUUCUAAUACAGCCUCCUAUAUAACUCAAGAUGAUGUGAAAAAUGGGAAAACUGACGUAAAUGUUAAUCAUUUUUUUCACCCUAGUCAGUUUGUGGAUACUACAACACAGCGAAUUCGAUUGUAUACCGAAUGCUUUACGGUGCCAGAAGCACUGUUUUCCCCCGAUAUAAUAGGGCUAAACGAGUGUGGAAUUGUUGAUCUGAUUUGUAAAUCGUUAUCUAAAUGCCCUUUUGAGGCUCAACCUUUGCUGGCAGAAAAUAUAUUCAUUUGUGGAGGAAAUGCCAAAAUUAAGGGGCUAAAACUCAGGCUAUAUAACGAGUUAAAAUCAUCAUUACCAGAUCACUGGAAAUUAUGCAUUAGGCAAUCUGUAGAUCCACAAUUAUCUGCUUUCUAUGGCUCUUGCGUUUGGGCUCUAGACCCUGGCGGAUUUGCUUCACAUGCCAUCACACGCGCGGGAUUCUUAGAAAAUGGGCUAUCAAUCUGCUAA